AGCUUUGCCACUGCACAAAUGCGACGAUCUGAGUCGAAGUUUGGUACUCAGAUAUAAAGUUUGUCUAAACUACACACGUUCCGUCUAUAACUGUGUUAGUUGAUCUGGUUUCUCGCUUUCGCUUUCAGAGAAAGUUAUGUAUCCUGGCAAUUUCUUUAUGCUGGCAAAGUUAUCUAACGUGGAAGCUAAAUUUGCUGAUCCAGGAUGUAGUUUAGCUUUACAUAAGUUAAUAAAGUAAUCAUAACUGCACCCAAUAUGUUUUUUUUAUACAGCAUGAAGUAUCCCCAAGCUUAUAUCACAAUAAAUAAGUCCAAUGGAGUAGAGUCGACUUUACAAGAAGUAUUUUGCGACUCCAUUUUUUACCGUGGCACGCAAAGAAGACAAAAAAAAUCUUUCCGAAUUGAUCUUUUCAUUCUUGACUAAUGUUACGCCUGCGUCUUGAGGUCUUUUAAGAAGCUAGGUGGCUUUGUAAAAAAGGACCUUCUUACUAUCCAAGCAUUUCGAUUUCUAUUGGAAAAAAAUAUUCCGUGAGGGCCGAUUAACAAGCGUUUUUAUUUAGGACUUUAAAAACGCAUCUGAAUAGCCUUCGUUAAAGUCUCACUUUACUUAUAGAUUGUCGUCGUAAGGUCAACAUUUUUUUAAGUAGAGAACAAAUUUUUAUAAAGCAUAAAAACUCAUUCAUAUGCAAUUCUAUCGCUCUUCGUAGAGACCUUCAUUUCCAUAGCCUAACACACUAAUCACUUUUUGUUACUAAAACGUUUCUUCUUUCUCUCCAUCGUAUUUUCCAUGCAUACAAUAGCUAUGUGACAGCUACGCAAUUUGAGCCGACCAGCGCCCGCCUGGCCUUUCCUUGCUACGAUGAGCCAUCAUUUAAAGCAAACUUCACUAUCAGCCUUACGCACAGCAACUAUUACACAGCCAUCUCGAAUAUGAUGGUACGUCAAAUUGAACCGAGCAUUGACGUAAAUGCUGCACUCGGUGACAAUGAUGCAUCAAUGGUGACAACCACAUUCCACACCACCCCCGCCAUUUCUACUUACCUGGUCGCUUUUGUGAUCUCCGAUUUUGUCUACAUUUCGGAGGAAUAUCGCGGUGUCAUGCAACGUAUUUUCACCUCACCCCGCAUCGCUGAUAAGGGACGGAAAGCAUUGAAGAAUGCUGUGCGCACGGUGGCCAUGUUUGAGGACUACUUUGGCAUCGAUUAUCCGUUGGCGAAAUUGGAUCACAUAGCAUUGAAAAAAAAUUUCGGCUCUGCAAUGGAAAACUGGGGUUUAAUUACCUACAAAGAGGACAAUCUGGUGCAGCAGGAUGGUGCGGAUUUACACAAGAAACUGAAGGACAUACUGACGCAAAAUCAUGAAAUCGCUCAUCAAUGGUUCGGUAACUUGGUGUCACCACAGUGGUGGACAUACGCUUGGUUGAAUGAAGGGUUUGCCACCUAUUUUAGUUAUGUAAUAACAGAUUUGCUUUAUCCAGAAUAUAAAACUAUGGAUUUCUUUUUGACUGAUAUUGCUGAGCGCGCCUAUAGUUACAAUUAUAUGACUGUGCGACCUAUGACUUACUAUGUGGAGAAAGAGUCAGAAGUUUUAUCUGUGUUCGAUAUUAUAUCCUACCAAAGAGCUGCCUGUGUUA